GCGCGAACUUUGAAAGUGGUAACAUUUUUUCACGUGGUUUAGGAAUUCUUCGACUUGCUCUUUUGUAGGGUGUAUUAUACUGUGAUUAUCAUCCUAUCCUGUACAUCGGGAACAUCUCACCACGAAACAUAAGAAAAAACUUAUUUUCAUUCGACGGACAAUUACCAGUUCGUAUUGUACCUAUUGCGGACUUAAGUCGUAAAUAGGUCUGCAAUUUAUUAUAUACUCACAGUCUCUAAUCCUAGUAUUAACCAGGUUAAUACUUAAUAACAUUUAAUACUCAGAUAUUAUAUUUAAUUUAACGAGCACUGUGCUCACUUUUAUUCAUAUCAUGUCCAAUAACUCCAGUAAAAGAGGAAUUUCACCAACUUCUAAGCCAAAUAAAAGGUCCAAAUCUGUAACCCCUACAACUGACGACUCAGUGCUUGACAAUGUCGAACCUUUAACUACUGAAAAAUAUAUGCAUUGUACACAAAUGUCCCUAUCGUCACCAGAUUCUCCAUGUCGCAGCCCCUCUAUCUUUACGUGCAGUAUGCCAACGGUAAGACUGGUUGACAUACAAGACACUAUACCUACGUGCAUUGAAAAGUCAGCACAGUCUACUAAACAGUAUGUGCUACCAAGGCCUAAGUCUAAAAUUUCAAAAACUAAAGAGUCCAAUGGUCCACCUCAUACGCACCAAAAUACUGAUAGAUAUAGUAAUGACAUCCGACAGCUACAAAACUCUCUAUCCGAAAUUAACGGCAAACUUGAGCAAUUAGCACCCCUCACUCAUAUAUGGGGCCUUGAUACAGACAGAAAUCUUGAGCAACUCACUAAAGCUGAGUGUAUUUUGGAGUUUGUGGCUGAAGAAGUGACGAAGAGAGUAAUGUCCUCCUUCAAUGCAGUUGUGUAUAACCUCCCCGACCGCACACACCCAUCUAAGUUAAGAGAUAUUUGCCUUAGAGCAUGCGGUAUGCCGAACGUUAACUGCAAAGUCAUCCGCCUUAGAAAAAAGUCAGACAGAUCAACUUGCCCCCUCUUGUUUAUGUUUGGCUGUUGUAACGAUGCUAAGCAGUUUAUUGAUUUGAGCAAAAACAUUAGCUCACUAAUUCCAUACAAAAAUAUAAAAGUCACUCCAGACCUUACGCCCUGUCAACGUCGUGUAAGAAGACGCGAAGCGAUAAAAUUGAAUGGGAGUGUUACAGUUAAUAAUCAGCCAGAGACAGUUUGCAACACAGCAAAUAGUUUAAAACACACGAACAUUAAGCAUGACACCACUCCACAUACGGCUGAUCACUCUGUUGAUCUAGAUGAGUCUACAGAUCAGAAACCUUUGGAUAAGAUACGGACCCCAACUGACACCAAAAACCAUAACGACAUGACUAAUCCCAGCUGUUCAUUCAGUAAUGUACUAAAAUGUGAGUCGUGUAACAACACAUGUGCAACUAAACCUAUACACUUGAAAAUUUGUCCUCCUAAAGACAUUCCACAAGUAGACUUGAAUGAACGUAAGUUCAUCUCACAAAGACAACGAAAGAAUCCUGCUCUGAAAAUAAAGGGUGGGAAGACAAAACUCAUGAUACCGAAUAGGGAAACACGUAAGAUUGAACCCAACUGCUCUAUAGGUAUCCCAAGAACAGUGAACAGGUUCUCCCCGCUGCUAUCGUAUAACUUGCCUUCAACACCUCCAAGUUGCAAAAAGGGUGGUGGGCUUCAACGUAGCAAGCCUUCUUACACGCAGACUAACGAAAACUACCAGAGAACUGGCCACCCAAAUCACCCUCUGAAGCCUAAAACCAUAAAUAAGAAUGGUAAUAAUAGGUUUCUCACUCCACACCCUACCUACAUUCCCCAGGAUCGCAACUGUAAUUACUCUCAAAAAGAAAACUUCUCAUACCCUUUAGUACCGACCCAUCACAUAACAACGGCUCCCAUGUAUAACAACAGUCGCAACUCCUCCCAGUUACGCGUAGCAGACCCCUCUCGCGCUAACGUAAAAAGCCAUAACAGGGGCUACGAGUCUAACCAUCAAGACUAUUUUGUAAAUAACCAUACACUUCACAGUAGGCCUGUACAAGAUUUUUUUGGAAUAAGACCCCUAGUGACACCUCUGUUGAAGCAUAUAGCCCAGGUUAUUUCAAACCACAUGCAAACCAUAAAUUUGUUUCCUCCGUACAGUUUCCAUCACAGAGUACUCCCACCCUUUCCUCCUGGGUAAACUCCCCAAUCAACUUCACCAGCUCAUUUGAUACAUCUCCCAAUAAGUUUAGCUAUCAAAAUACCGAGCUAAUGAAGAACAUCCAAUCCCUCACAUCAAACUCAUCUUACACUCGCGAGGGUUACGACGACUUUAUCCGAAAUACCCUCACCCAUUUUAACUUAGUAGGCCACUUGCUUAAUAUAUGUCUUAUCAACGCUCGAUCGAUCUGCAACAAAAAGACGGAUUUAGCCCUGUUUGUAUCCAUAUAUCAACCAUCAGUUAUUAUGAUAUCUGAAGCAUGGACUAACAGUAAUAUUUCCGACCGAAGCAUAUCUCUAGAUAACUAUUCCCUAUAUAGAAGCGAUAGAUUGAAUGGACGAGGCGGAGGAUGCCUUAUUUACGCUCACUCUAGCCUGAACUCACUGCUAUGUGAUAUGCCUGAACUAAACAAACUGAAGGAUUCGGUGUGGAUUGUAUUAAAGCCGUCGAAUUCCGUUACCUUACUGCUCGGCUGUGUUUAUCGUCAACCUAACGCAUCAAUAGAUGAAAUAGCAGUAUUAUCGGAGGUAUUCACGCUAGCAUCAUCCCUCUCAUUCACAGGCAAGCUCAUUUGUGGUGACUUCAAUAUGCCCGAAAUUUCUUGGCUGCCAGUCAAAGCGCCGAGACGUUAUGAAUCAUUUAUUGAAUGUCUAGAGCUUGGACAAUGGACUCAGUAUGUCGAUAGCCCUACCAGACAUCAAAACAUCUUAGACUUAGUCUUUACCAGUGGCCUCAUCCCCAAUACUUUGUAUAUUGGAAAAAAGUUCCCAGGUAGUGAUCAUAACAUUGUCAUAUGCAGCCUUAAUGUAAAAACCACAACCGAUAUAAGUAAAACCGUAACACUUCGUAGAAACUAUCGCAAGGUUGAUUGGAAUAACUUCCACAAUUACCUAAGAAGCACUGAUUGGAGAACUUUCUUUACCUCAAACAAUACCGACACAUUAACCAAUAUAUUUUAUCACAACAUCAAAAGUAUCAUCAACAACAUCGCACCUUUAGAAUACUGUAAACCUACGUUCUCCAAAGAUCUCUAUAUACCGGUCAGUACAAGAAGACGUCUUCAAAGACAUUGUACUCGAUUCCACAACUUAAAUGACUUUUCCUCUUUAGUAACGAUGACAGAAAUACUUGUCCGAACAAAGGCAAUAAGUAAACAAAAAGCAGUAGCACAGGAAAAACGUGCAGUUGAACUUAAUAAUAACUCCUCUGCACUCACCAUACUACUCCAAAAUAAACUUAAACGCUCUAAAUCGAGAGGGAGUAUAUUCAUUAAAGGCAAACAAGUAUACGAAGAUCCCAAACUUAUCACAGAAUUAUUCAGUGAACAUUUUUGUUUCUCACUAACUAACGAAAAACCAUUUAAUGAUUCAGAACCAAUCCCAGUAACUCCCUGUGAAAUUACUAAUGUAGAAUUCAGUGUACAAAAUAUCUCCAAAGCAAUCAGUACAUUGAAACACUCCUACACUGAUGGACCAGAUGGUAUUCCAUCUAGCAUGCUAAAACGUGGAGGUGAUGAUAUGUGUGUUUUGCUUCUCAAACUAUUCGCGAUAUCACUCUCUUCAGCGUGUUACCCUACUGCCUGGAAAACUACACAUAUCAUUCCCAAAAUUAAAACAGGACCUGAAGCAAACGUUGAAAAUU